UAGGCUCUGGGGCGUGAGUCUGCCCCUCCCCACGGCUCUGGCUGGUGGCUGGGGACUCUAGGGGCAGUGCUGGCCUCUAGGCUCUGGGGCGUGAGUCUGCCCCUGCCCACGGCUCUGGCUGGUGGCCGGGGACACUAGGGGCAGUGCUGGCCUCUAGGCUCUGGGGCGUGAGUCUGCCCCUGCCCACGGCUCUGGCUGGUGGCCGGGGACUCUAGGGGCAGUGCUGGCCUCUAGGCUCUGGGGCGUGAGUCUGCCCCUCCCCAUGGCUCUGGCUGGUGGCCGGGGACACUAGGGGCAGUGCUGGCCUCUUGGCUCUGGGGCAUGAGUCUGCCCCUCCCCAUGGCUCUGGCUGGUGGCCGGGGACACUAGGGGCAGUGCUGGCCUCUAGGCUCUGGGGCGUGAGUCUGCCCCUCCCCACGGCUCUGGCUGGUGGCCGGGGACGCUAGGGGCAGUGCUGGGCUGGAGGUACUGAAUCUCCCUCACCCCACGGCUACUCUGGCUGGGGGCUGGGGAUUAUUUUUUAUUGGUGUCGUGCUCACUCAGGGUAUGAUGGUUGAUGUCUACACCAACCCAGAGAAGCAUGUUGUCCUCAGCAACAAUGUCAAGGUCCCCAUCCUUGGUUUAGGAACAUCACACGAUGGAGGCUACAGUCAUGAUGCUGUGGUUUACGCCUUGAAGAACUGUGGGUAUCGACACGUUGACACAGCAAAGCGUUAUGGCUGUGAGAGGUACAUUGCUCAAGCAGUCAAGGCCUCAGAUGUGCCCCGAGAAGAGAUUUUUCUUGCCACAAAGUGCUGGCCAACAGACUAUGGGGCUCUCACCACAAAGGAAGCCUUCAAGGGCUCAUGUCAAAGACUGGGAGUGGAUUACCUUGACAUGUACCUCCUGCACUGGCCCGAGGUGAGGUCAGGGGUGAAGGACAGAAAGCAACUGCUGCAGGAGACUUGGCGCACACUUGAGGUGUUACUGGACGAAGAACAAGUUCGGGUUAUUGGAGUGAGCAAUUUUUUGGAGAGGCAUUUAGAGAUGAUCCUUGAUGAAUGCUCUGUGACUCCUCAUGUCAAUCAGUGCGAGUUCCACCCUUUCAAUAAUCCCAAGAAGCUUCGACAAUUCUGUGCUGAAAGAAACAUACAAUUUGAGGGCUAUUCCCCUCUUGCUAAGGGUCGGGCUCUCAGGCACCCCAAUGUGAUCGCCAUUGCCAAAUCGCUUUGCAAGACUCCCUCUCAGGUGCUAAUCCGCUGGAGUCUGCAGAAUAACAUCCCUUCCAUCCCCAAAUCAACUAAGCUUGAGCGUGUGAUGGAGAAUUCCCAGGUGUAUGACUUCACUCUGUCUGAAGGGGAUAUGAUGACCCUGGACAACAUGAAGCAGACUCUGACCUGUGUUGACAGGAGCUCCAUCCAAGCCAAGAUAGACAACCCUCUACCUGAUGGAUACAAGCUGAAAUUAGUCAAGUCACCGUUAGAACCGUAAAACGGCACUGAAAUAUAUUUUUUCCUCGAGACUAUUAAUCUAUUACAAUAUUUAAUAAGUGGCUUAUUUAUACAGGGUGAAAGUUUGACUCCAAAAACCUUUUCUAAUUCAGAAGACCCACAAUUUAACACAAGAUUGGGCUUAAGGAAGUUUGCUAUGGAUUUAUAUGCUGUAUUAAUAUAAAAAAUAAUUUGUAUAAUAAAAUAAUUGUAAUUAAUUACUGCAAUAGGUUUUCUCAGGCCAAUAAAGUUUAAAUUUUU